GGUGAAUGCAGAAUAAGCUCGUUUCCAUUAUGAUUAUACCCGGCGACGGGCAUAGGCCGUAAUAAUAUCCAGGGCUCCAAAACUUCAGUCGCCGGCACUUGACUACAGCUUCCAUGAACGAGACGGCCGCUGAAAUCGCAUGUCACGUCCAGGCUACUCGCUAUCUCAGUGGCGCUGGGCUCGUGCUCUUGCUCUAUGACCACCUCCUAACAUUCUCCGCCGAAAUAGAGCUCAUCUGGGCGGCACACUGGUCCGUCCCCAAAGUCCUCUUCCUGCUCAUACGAUACCUCGUCCCAUCGACCGUCAUCAUCCACAUACAUCUAUUAUCGGGAAUCGCUAAUUCGCAUGUGUCGAAUACUCUGCGUAAUUUGUUAUACCUCUUCCAAAUAUCGGUUGGGAUUUCAAACUUCCUAGUCCUCCUGCACCUCUGGAAUCUCUGGGAACGAACUCCGCGUUUCAUCUGUUGGACCUUGGCGUUCUUCGUCCUGACCCUAUAUUUUAAUCAUGCCCUACGUACAUGCGUGAUGAUGGAUAGAGCGCGUGUGCUUAUGCUCUGGGCUCCGUGUAUGGCCUUUGAGGUCACGGUCCUGUCCGCUAUGGUGUACAACGCCUUAUCAAGACCAAGAUGCCCCCACACAGCUGUUGCUAAGGUUUUAUACCAUGACGGAAUAACAUACUUCAUCGAGUCUUCUUUAUUUGGUGUUGUAUGACAAUGACGGUGACAAGGAUGAUCCUCAACCUGCGAAAAUUUGCACGGGUACGCAGUCGGAUGGCGGAGUUGCAGGAUGGCUCCCCGACUUUGUGUAGUUGAGCAUGUUUGUUGAUGGUGCGGUGGACUUAAUAGAAUGAGCGAUAGCUGAUCCCGCGUACCUUUUACUUAUUUUUCCACAAAGUACCUGUGGCAAGCCAUUACGUGGGUGACAUUCUCCUCGUGAACUUCAGGUAGUAGUGCCCAGUCCUCUAAGAUUACAUGUUUGAUGUUGGCGCUCGCCUCAUCAGACCUCCCAUCGUUCCCAAGGAAGUGUCCGUGACGGAACCUGCUCAACGACCAAAUCGAAACUCCCUUCAGCAGAUGUCGCCCAACGCGC